UAGAGAUUAGGUCGAGACCUGCCUCUUUUUCGCAUCUGUCUACCUCUAUAUAAUACCCAUCCCUCCAUGUUCUCGGCAGACCAUUUCCACUACUUCCUAGUUUUUCAAAGAAAAUGGCCUUCUUCAGUACUGUUUCUCACACUUAUUUCACAAUCAUAGCCACAUUUGCUAUUCUUGUGCUCUUCACGGGGAGCUCCUCUGCUCAACUCUCUACAGACUUCUAUUCUAAAAGUUGUCCCAAGGUCUUCAGCACCGUGCAGUCUGUUGUUAAGAAUGCCAUUUCUGUAGAACGCCGCCUGGGUGCUUCUCUCCUUCGCCUCCACUUCCAUGACUGUUUUGUCAACGGUUGUGACGGGUCCGUACUCUUGGAUGACACCGACUCUUUCACAGGUGAGAAGACAGCAGGCCCCAACAACAGAUCCAUCAGGGGCUUCAAAGUUGUGGAUGACAUCAAGGCAGCUGUGGAGAAAGCAUGCCCAGGAGUGGUUUCUUGUGCUGAUAUCUUAGCCAUUACUGCCCGCGACUCUGUUGUAACUCUUGGAGGGCCUGAUUGGGAUGUUAAAGUUGGAAGAAGAGACUCCAAGACAGCCAGCCUUUCUGAUGCCAACAGUGGCGUAAUACCUCCUCCCACUUCCACCCUCAAUAACCUCAUCAAUAGAUUCCAAGCUAAAGGUCUCUCUGCCAAGGAUAUGGUUGCCUUGUCUGGAGCUCACACAAUCGGGCAAGCAAGGUGUAUAACUUUCAGAGACCGCAUAUACAACGAGACAAACAUUGACAGUUCAUUUGCCAAAACCAGGCAGAGUCAGUGCCCAAGGAACACCGGUGGCCGCAAGAAUCUUGCGCCUCUAGAUCUCCAAACUCCUACCGCUUUUGACAACAAUUAUUUCAAGAACCUUCUCGACCAAAAGGGUCUUCUCCACUCCGAUCAGAUUUUGUACAAUGGUGGGUCUACCGAUUCACUGGUUGAAACCUACAGCAAAAAUGACAAGACCUUUGAUGAGGACUUUGUGACUGCAAUGAUCAAGAUGGGAGACAUCGAUCCCCUCACUGGAUCCAGCGGUGAGAUUAGGAAGAACUGUAGGAAGCCUAACUAAUUAAGGGAGAUGAUGAAAUUGAGGAAAAAAUUACUUUGAAUGAGUUGGAUCGAGGAGGGUCGUUUGUUUGUAGACCCAAGUGUUUCUUUUCUCUUGUCUCGCCUUACAAGGGAGGCGAUUUGUUUGUUUGUUUGUAUUAAGGUACUUGAUCGGUUGCAAAUUUAUGUUGGAAGUGUUUCUAUUAUUUAUGUGUAGAAAGCUGUUUUUGGAUCAUAGGAGUAAAGAAUUUCGUUCAAGUA